UCACUUCCAUUUUUGUUUUCUCUUCAACAUUCAUGAAAUCAACCAACUUUGCAUUCAAUUUGUUAUGGGUCAAUUUUAUUUCUUCAUUCAACCCUUCUUCGUUACAUGUUGUUUUCAUCAUUAAAAAGACAUGCUGCUAAAUCAAUGAAAUUAGGAAUUAAACAAUUCAUGUGAAGUAAUAAAUACGGUGGAUGUUUUCAGGAGUUAGUUCCCUUUGCAAUGGAGUUAAGAUCAUUCAUUUUGCAACCAAACUUGUCGCACUUGUUUCCAACAUUCACAUGCUGUGUUAAACUCAAACCUUCUUACCGGCAUUUACAGCAGAAGGAAUUAUCAUUCAAAUUCACCAGAAGAAGGCUGGCAUUUUUGGCAACCAUAACUCCCUUGAUUUUGGGUGGAGAAGAUAUUUUUAGUACACAAAUUGCAAAUGCAUUUGAUUUUAGAUUUGUGGCCCCUGACAUGACAGCUGAAGAAGCCCUGCGUGGUGUGAGAAAUCAUGCACAAGAUUUGUUACAAGUUAAAGAAUUGUUAGAGUCAGAAUCAUGGACAGAAGCACAAAGGUAUCUAAGACAGACCUCAGCACUUCUCAAGAAAGACAUAUAUAUCAUAAUCCAGAACAAGCCUGGAAUUGAGAGGCCAGAACUAAGGAAGCUUUAUUCCACUCUCUUCAACAAUGUAACUAGACUAGAUUAUGCAGCAAGGGGUAGAGAUGGACCACAAGUGUGGCGGUGUUAUGAGAACAUUGUAGUGGCUGUCAAUGACAUUAUAUCCAGAUUAUAGUGUUCACUGUAGCCUUUUCAAAAUGGGGGAUUGAACUGCUCUUGAUAAGUGUAUACCAACAUUGCUUGCUGCAAGAAGUUGAGUAAUGAAGAAGAAUAUGCACUCAAAGGACCCUGUUAUAUACAAUUAUAGAUCAUGAGUUUGAUCGUGAAGAGUAAAAUUAUUGAAUGUAUGAUUAUAUUUGACACUAAAAUGUUCAA